GUAAAGACCUGGCCUUCUAUAUCUAUUGACCGUUAUUGCCAAUGUCUCUACGUACAUUUUCAACCACUUUGAUUCGUGGACUGAAGCCCAUUGAAAAUGCUAGCUUCGUUCGUCAAUAUGCGACGGCAACGAGAAGCAAAGCACAUCCUCCCAGACGUACAUACCUCUACCACAAGUACGGAUCGCUGAUUCAAGAUAAUCGAGUCAUGUUCAUUUUCCAGCACAACAACUUGUCCGUGACCGAAUUCACCCAGUUACGACAGGAGCUGUCGUCUUUGGACGGACCUCUUCAACUCACCGUAUUACGUUCUGGUGUUUUCGGCUCAGUGUUGCGAUCGACCAAGUACAGCAAUUUGGAACCUUUGAUCAUGGGCCCCACCUGUGUGUUGACUUCCAACAUUCAGGACGCUGAGCAUCCCGAAUUACUGAAGAAAGCCAUGGCAGUACUGAAUAAGAACAAAAAGAUGAUGCUUUUGGGCGGCAAGAUCGAUAAUACCUUAUUGACACAGGACGAUGUGCAAAAGAUUGUGCAAUUACCUGGAUUGGACAUGUUGCGUGCAGAAUUGCUCGGUACAAUUGAAGCGCCCGCACGCAAGAUCCUUGGUCUUUUGGAAUCUCCCGCCAAACAAUUACACAGCGUAUUGGAUAGAAGAAUUUAGACCUUUAAGAAGCGCAAAACCAACCAAAAACCAAAAAGACAGCAAUGCAUUUGUGAAUAGAUAUUGAUUUUUUUUCUGACUUCAUGUGAUUCAAGGUUUUUUUUUUUUUUUUUUUUUUU